AUUACAUAUUCCCCAAAGUCCUACGUUCACACAAUAAAAUUCCCAAAUUAAGAGCUAUUUGAGAUAUUGAACACCUCCUUUCACAUUUCUCACCCGAUUCCAACCAUCCCAACUUCAAAAUGUUCAACUCGUUUAGGGCAUCUUGUGUACUAUUCCAUCACAUUCCCAAAUUUUCAAUGACGAUAUUUGACUUGCUCCUUCUGCCUUUCAACAUUUCGGUCAAUUUCGUAAGAUUUCCGUUCAGCAUUCACACGCAAUUUCUACACAAAUAGAAAAAACUAGUACUGCAGUACUAGUGCUGCCACCUGUCGGCUGAGCUCAGGACCGACAAGCCGGCCGUCAUCGACGUCAUCAGGAAGUGACGUAUUGGGUUUAAAACGUCACAUUGGCUGACAGCAACUCACGUAUUCAGUGUGAAUGUUAUCGAAUAAUUAGGCGCUGUGAAAAUAGAAUGAUAUAAAACCAUUUGUGAUGAGUCACGAACUUAGAUGUUCAGGUCAACUUGUGUUUCCGUCAAUGAGCAGAAAAGAUCGUCUCUUAGCAGGUGCGUCACUCUUCAUAGCAUGUCCGCCCAGCUUUGUGUCGCUGGGAGUUCUGUUCAAAGGAUUUGAAAGCCCUUCCGAGUGGGAGCUCCUCUUGUCCGUGCACAUCUUCCGAAGCGUCGCUGAAGUGAGGAAGCCGAAACCAAAGCCAGAAGGAGAGCGCUGACGAUGGCGGAUCGGAACGUGGAAGCCAAACUGAAGAAGGAACUGAAGCGCGACAAGAUCCAGCUGUGGAAGGUCCCCUACAGCGACGACGAGCAGCAGCCCGGACACGCGCACAUGCAGGAGCUGGCCGAGCGCUACGGCACCCUGCUGCGCAUGCCGGGGUCAGAGGUCGCGGACGCUCUGGAGGUCAUCCGCGUGCGGGCGCUGAAGAGAGGUCAACGGAACCAGACCUUCAAGGAAAGCGGCGUGGCCACCCUGGAGCUGCUGCUGCCACGAGACUGCAAGAAGGGCAGCAAGUCCAAGAUGUCGCUGGAGACCAGGCUGGACGUGUGCGCUCAGGAGCUGAUUGACAGGAUCGCGGAAGAAGUCGGACUCGAAUCCUUCAAAGUGAUCCUGAACGGCAAAACUCUGAAUGGCGGUCUGCGCCUGGACCAGCAGGGCGUCGGCAACCACAGCAAGAUGAUGGUCCUGAAGGCCUUCGACCCCGCCUCGGCUCCUCGCGACUUGGAGGCACGCGAGCGCAACGUCCAGCGCACGCGCAGAGGCUUCGGGAUCCUGUCCGAGAGAGACGGCAGCGACGACCUUCAGACCGCGCCCUUCCUGGAGGUCGCCGACCAGAAGGGAAACCCGCUGAAGAUCCCCCAGAAGGAGAAGAAGGCGCUGAUCCUCGCCAUGGGGCUCCACGAGAAGGGGCGCGCCCUCAUGAAGCGGAAGCGCCACGACGACGCGCUCUGUCACCUCCUGCAGGCCGACCUCCACUUCAGCGAGUGCGGCUCCGCGCUGCUGGGCGUGGUCGACAACCACGGCGUGCUGCAGCUGGACGUCGUUUGGUGCUACCAGGCGUUGGAGGCGUUGUCGUGUCUGGACGACGGGCGCGAGCGUCUGCGGCUGGCCGAGGACUGUUUCCUCAGGUGUUACGGCGAGCGGCAGCAGAGGCUGCUCAUGAUCAAGGGCAACACGGGGCAGGAGGACGUGCUGUUCCUGCGCCUGCACCUGCUGCAGAGCCUGCUGGCCUUCGUGGACGGCGACGACCUUCAAGCCCAGCGGCAACUCGAACAAGUGGAGUCGCUGUACGCACGUUUGUGUCCUGACGCCGACAAAAUGACGCAGCUGAUGGUGCUGGGCUUCAGCGAGCGAGAAGCUCGCCUGGCCCUGCGAGCGUGUCACGGCGACGUGCACGAAGCCGCCCUGCUCGUAAGCGACCGGAGAGAGGAGCGGGAGCAGCUGAGGCAGCGGGAGCGCCAGAAGAGGAAACAGAUGAAGGCGAGCUCGGCCGUCCUGGCGGAGGCGGGUUACGUCGCCGGGGAAGCCGCCGCCGCGCUGCGCCGGGCCAACGGAGACCUGGACAAAGCCUUCCAAAUCCUGCUGGACGCCAGCCAGACGCCGCCGACGUCCAAUAGGAGCCUGGAUCAGAAGGUCCGGCAGUUGUCGUAUUUGGGCUUCGAGCGCUCGGCGUCGGAGGCGGCGUUGGCGUUGACGGGCGGAGACGUCCGGUCGGCCGCCGAGCUGCUGACGGAGAACCGGGGGGCGGUCCCCUCGGAGGCCACGCCCCCCUCAGAGGAGGAGGAGGAGCCCGGCACGUCGUCCGGCUCCACGGACGACAGCGAGCUGGUGAACGAGAUCCUGGAGGACAUCCCGCGUGACGAGGACGACUACUUGGACCUGACGCUGGAGGAGGAACUGCAGCUCCUCAACACCAUCAAGACGCACCUCGCGCGCUCGCUCGACCGCUGAGUCGAUCGGCGGUCGGCUCGUCUGCCGCCUCGCGGUUCGGAGGUUCCGCGUCCGAAUCCGGGCUCCGGGUGGACUUCGCUCAAGUGGAUUGUCCUCCCACAUUGCGGAAACGUGUCGGCUUCAUUGAAGACCGACAUUGUCCGUAGGUGGGAACGGCAAUUCGAAGGAUUGUUUGUCCGUACGUGCCCUGUGAUUGGCUGGCGACUAAUCGAUUUGAAUCAGCCGAUUUUAGCGCUUUUCAAAACAAACUUAAUCAGCCGGACUUGGGGUUUUUUGGGGGGGCCGCUCUUUAUUUGAAUCAGCUGGGGCCUCAUGUACAAAGACUUGUGUGGAUUUCCUCCUAAAACAUGGCGUACGCUCAAAUCCAGAAAACGUCAUACCCGCAGAAAUAUCCAGAAGUGCGAAUCCAAGCUCAUUUCCUUCAUACGUCCCAAUCAACGUGGCAACGAGCGCACAUCUAAAUAUGCAAAUCGUAUUGAAAUGAACCCUGCAACUGAGAUCCCGAUCAGAAAAACAGGAACAUGAGCGAGGUCGUUUCUGACGCUCAAUGGAGUGAAAAUCCUCUUUGGCCCGCGGCGCUAACGACACGCGAAAGAGGAGCGAACGGGACGGGACGGCGCGUGUGCGGCUGAAAAAAGGGGAGUGGUCAGACAUGAAGCGGGAGGCAGAAAGGGUGUGAGUGUGGUAUCGGUAACCGAUCUUUUGAAUUCAAAUACAAGCCCAAUUCCAAGGAAGUUGGGACGUUGCGUUAAACGGCAAGAAAAACCGAGUACAAUGAUUUGCAAAUCAUGCUCGACCUGUAUGUCAUCGGAUACACGACAAAGACAAGAUAUGGAAUGUUCCGACUGAUCAACCGGAUUGUUUUGGGCAAAUAAUCAUGAAGUUAGAAUUUGAUGGCUGCAACACGUUCCCAAAAAGUUGAGGAAUGCUCAUCAAACACGCGUUUGGAAUGAGCAUCCCACAGGUGAACGGGCUCAUUGGGAACGAACGGGCGGGGGCAAGCAAAGGUGGGGCGGGAGAAAAAUAGUCCCAACAGUUGAAGGGCAAUGUUCCUCAACGUACAAUUGCAAGGAAUUGAGGUCCAAAAUAGCAUCAAAAGGUUCGGAGAAUCUGGAGAAAACACCGCACGGAAGCGGCGAGGCCCAAAAGGAUGCGUGACGGAUCUCACCGCGUGGGCUCAGGAACGCUUCAGAAAACCAAUGUGACUAAAUCCACUUGGGCGCUCCAUCCGGAAGUGCAACUCCAAACGCUACUAUGCAAAGCAAAAGCCGUUUACAUCAAAUGUGUUCAAACAAUUUGGGAGAAGAGGCGCAAAUGAUGUCAUUUGCACCCAAUGCAAUCGUGUGUGUUCAAAUGAAGUCAAUUCAAAGGACUUUUUGUUUUGUUUCCAGCGCAUGCGGCGGCGGCGUCCUCGCAAAUAUCAGCGAUGGAUGAAAUCCACCGGCUCACGAAUGAAUUGUCGUCGGUCCUUGCCUCAAUUGCAUCGUUGAAAAUCAACCAAACCAAAAGCUGCGCACCUUUUGUACAUGAGGCCCCUGGAGUUUUGCUGAACAAACGCCGGUUCGCCCGCUGCAGCUAUUGAAGAUUUAUACAACCGAUGAUUCUGUCGAUUCAUCAAAUAAUCGGACGCGUUGAAAUGUAUCGCAAAAUCUAUAUUUUUUUCCUCGAUGCCUGUUUAUUAACUGAUGAUUGCGCAAUAUGACGGGAGGGAGGAAUGUCGUGCUCGUUGAGCUUUUACAAAGCGAGAGUGACUUCAGAAAUAAAAUGAAAAUAAAAGCGCAA